AUGAUAUCGAACCCUUAGGCCAACAAGUUAGCUUCUCAAGACUUCGACAUUAAGUUUGGCUAGCCUUACCCUAAAUUAGGUUUCAAGUUUUCAGGCAUUACUAAAAAGUGGUAGACAAUAGAACCCUACAAACUUAAUCUGAAUGAUUCUCGUAGGCAGUCAAAUAUGUCUUAGACUUCAUCCUAGAGAGGGAAUACCAGUACAAAUGUGAUCACAACUAAUGAAGACACUUAGAAACUAAAAUUGAUUUAAGAACAGAAAGCACUCAUUGAAAAGUAGAUAGAAAUUCAGUCGCUUGAGAAAGCACGCUAUGAGGCUUAGUGCAACCUACUUAAAGUCUAGCUCGUUCAAGUUAUGGAGUAAAUGCAAGUAAGAAUAGAUCAAAUUUAGAAGAUGCAAUUCAACGAUGAGAAUAAUAUGGACAUCAGCAAUAUAUCAAAUAAAAAGCUAGAUGAUAGUGAUAUCAUCGAACCAUAGAAACUACUUAAUUAAUUUGGUAAAGCAGUCAAAGAAAUAGAAGAGAAAAAGAUUAGCAAUAGUAAUGUGGCAGUGAAAUAAGAGUAAAAUGAGAAAUCAUUUGAUGAUAUUAUAGAGGAGGAAUUUCAAAGAAUAUGA